AUGGAUGAAGAUCCGAGUAUCCACCGCCUUGAGGGCUCCUCCAGCACGUCCGGUGGAUUAGUGGUUAAGAAAGACAAAAAUGACAGCACAUUCAAAGUCCCCAAGCCGUCGUUGCUCGGACUAGAUAAAUUGGCUGCACAGCGCCGAAAAGAGCGCGAGGAUGCAAAACGUUUGAUUUCGUUUCGAGACACAGAGUUUGACGAUAAAGAAGGAAGCUCGACCCCUAGACCCGCGGGCGAUGUCACCUUCAAGAAACCCGACCUUGAGAGCUUCCACAAACUGAGCCGCCAACUACGUGAACCCAAACCCGAGACCCCUUCACACACUGGCGGUGUUUCAGAUAAAGCUCGCGAUAGAAUGUCCCAUCAUUUGCAAAAAGACCGCGAGAAAGGAGUGUACGCAUCCUCGAAGGAUAGGAAGAGGUCUCAUGCCGAUGACAAACGUCCUAGUCGGGAUCGGGAACGUGACCGUCGUGACCGCGAUAGUCACAGGCAUAGACGCGAUCGGGACCGGGAGCGUCAUCGGGAUCGCGGUCGAGACCGUAGUAGCCGCGAACCGGAUUCUUCGAGAAGCGCUCGAACACCGCGUUUCAAGGACGAACCCAGAACACCAAGGUUCAAAGAUCCUACUGCAUCCUCUUCGUGGGACGAUGAUGACGAACGACUUCCUCCUAAAAAAUCGUCUUGGGACUUCCCAACUCCUAAGAAUUAUAGUGACGAGCGCCCGGAUUGGUCUUCACGCAGCAGAGCUUCUCAUAGGGGCAAACUUGAAGAUGCCACUCCUCGUUUUACUCCCGCUCACAAAUAUAACGCUUGGGCUGCGGACCGUAAAAAAUCAGGCGCAACGCCCCGUGAGGCGAAGGAAGGCAAGCAACCUUGGGGAGAGAAUGAGGAGGAUCGUGAUAUGUGGGAAGAAGAGCAGCGCCGAAUUGAUCGCGAGUGGUACAACCUCGACGAGGGCUACGACGAUGAAAAUAAUCCUUUCAAUGGGCCAAGUGCCGAGUACUUCAGGAAGCGCGAGGAGCAAUUGGAACAGAAACGCACGAAGCGUAUCAGCGCUCAGCAAAGGCAAAUAAACAAGGACAACGAGCUCUGGGAACGCAAUCGAAUGUUAACUUCAGGCGUAGUCAUGUCCAUAAACGUUAAUGAAGACUUUGACGAGGAAGCGAUUGAACGCGUCCACCUGUUAGUCCAUCACAUUGUCCCUCCCUUCCUCGAUGGCCGUAUAGUCUUCACAAAGCAACCGGAGCCUGUAAUCCCCGUCAAAGAUCCCACAUCAGACAUGGCCCUAGUAGCAAGAAAGGGAAGCGCUCUGGUUCGUGCUUACCGCGAACAAAAGGAACGUCGCAAAGCCCAGAAGAAACACUGGGAAUUGGGUGGCACGAAAAUCGGCAACAUCAUGGGCAUUGAGAAGAAGAAAGACGAAGAGGAUGCAAAAUAUGACGAGGAAACAGACACUACGGACUACCGUAAGGAUCAGAAAUUCGCUGAACAUAUGAAGAACGCCGAUAGUAGUGGUAAAAGUGACUUCUCUAGGAAGAAGACGAUUCUUGAGCAACGAAGAUAUUUGCCGGUGUUCGCGGUGAGGCAAGAAUUGCUCAAUGUUAUACGUGAGAACUCGGUAGUGAUUAUUGUAGGUGAAACUGGCAGUGGUAAGACAACUCAGUUGACCCAGUAUUUGCAUGAGGACGGCUAUAGCAAGUUUGGAAUGAUUGGAUGCACACAGCCGAGAAGAGUUGCAGCCAUGUCAGUGGCGAAACGUGUUUCAGAUGAAAUGGGGACUAAACUUGGUGAAGAAGUGGGAUAUGCAAUUCGUUUUGAAGAUUGCACUUCAGAGGAAACAGUUAUAAAAUACAUGACUGAUGGUAUACUUCUAAGAGAAAGUUUAAGGGAUCCCGAUUUGGAUAAUUAUUCUGCAGUCAUUAUGGAUGAAGCUCACGAACGUUCAUUAUCAACAGAUGUUUUGUUUGGAUUGCUCAGAGAGAUAGUUGCGCGUCGACACGACCUCAAAUUAAUUGUCACAUCAGCUACAAUGGACUCAACAAAAUUUGCAACAUUCUUCGGUAAUGUACCGACAUUCACAAUUCCUGGUCGCACAUUUCCUGUGGAAACAUUCUUCGGCAAAAAUACAUGUGACGACUAUGUAGACUCUGCGGUAAAACAAGCUCUACAGAUUCAUCUUCAACCGACAGAAGGAGAUAUCCUGGUGUUCAUGCCAGGUCAAGAGGAUAUUGAAGUAACGUGUGAAGUAUUGGCCGAAAGGUUGAGCGAAAUCGACAACGCACCAGAAUUGUCAAUUCUACCCAUAUAUUCCCAAUUGCCGUCCGACUUACAAGCGAAAAUCUUCCAAAAAGCUCAAGAUGGGAAGAGAAAGUGUGUGGUUGCUACUAACAUAGCAGAAACAUCAUUGACUGUAGAUGGCAUUAUUUUUGUUAUUGACUCAGGUUAUUGCAAGUUGAAAGUGUACAAUCCAAGAAUAGGUAUGGAUGCACUGCAGAUAUAUCCUAUAUCACAAGCCAAUGCAAAUCAGCGAUCCGGAAGAGCCGGGAGAACAGGGCCAGGCCAAGCAUUUAGGCUAUACACUGAGCGACAGUACAAAGAAGAACUUCUUCCUUUAACCGUACCCGAAAUACAACGAACUAACCUAGCCAACACUGUUUUGCUUCUAAAAUCAUUGGGAGUAGUAGAUCUGCUGCAAUUUCACUUUAUGGAUCCACCUCCGCAAGAUAACAUCUUGAAUUCAUUAUACCAACUUUGGAUCUUGGGAGCCUUAGAUCACACUGGAGCACUUACUGCAUUGGGCAGGCAAAUGGCAGAAUUUCCUUUGGAUCCCCCACAAUGUCAAAUGUUGAUUGUAUCUUGUCAAAUGGAAUGCAGUGCCGAAGUUUUGAUUAUUGUUUCAAUGCUUUCUGUCCCUUCAAUAUUCUAUCGACCAAAGGGCAGAGAAGAAGAAGCUGAUGGCGUACGUGAGAAAUUCCAAGUGCCUGAAUCUGAUCACUUGACCUACCUCAAUGUAUAUAUGCAAUGGAAACAAAAUAACUACUCAUCAAACUGGUGCAAUGAGCACUUCAUACAUAUCAAAGCUAUGCGAAAGGUACGUGAAGUCAGGCAACAACUAAAAGAUAUCCUUGUACAACAAAAACUGCCAGUAAAAUCAUGUGGAUCUGAUUGGGAUAUUGUGAGGAAAUGCAUUUGUUCAGCUUACUUCUACCAAGCCGCUCGACUGAAAGGUAUCGGCGAAUAUGUAAAUUUACGAACUGGCAUGCCAUGUCACUUGCAUCCGACAUCAGCAUUAUACGGACUAGGGACAACGCCGGAUUAUGUCGUUUACCAUGAGUUAGUCAUGACAGCCAAGGAGUAUAUGCAGUGUGCUACGGCCGUCGAUGGGUACUGGUUGGCAGAACUGGGUCCAAUGUUCUUCUCUGUGAAGGAAACAGGACGAAGCGGCCGUGAAAAGAAAAAACAAGCAGCGGAGCAUUUGAAGGAAAUGGAACAACAAAUGCAAAAGGCUCAAGAGCAAAUGGAAGAAGAAAAACUUCAGGCAGCUCAACGUGAGGAAGCAUUAAUACCCAAACAGGAAAUUUUAACUCCUGGCGCAACGCCACGUAGAACUCCGUAUAGAAUUGGAUUGUAGACUGGAGGUUUUUACGUAAGAUACAUGUAAUUUAACUUUCUGAAAAUAAAGAUCAGGCAGAGAUUUAUUUUACAUAAAUCCUGCCAUUAUAGAACUCAUAUGUAUGUUAAA